AUGAAUUCAUUAAUAAUCUUUACAUUAAUUUCUAUUUUAUUAGCAACAGCAUAUAUUUUAGAAUUAAACAUAAUUGAAAUAACAACUAGUGACAAUAAAAAAGAUUUUAAAGAAGAUACAAUUGAUUUUCCUUUACUUAUAACAAUAACGUUUAUAUUACCAUUAUUAUAUUACAUCUUUAUAUAUUUUAAUAAAAAGAAAACUAAGGAAUGUUUGUUGUUAAUAAAAGGUCAUUUUUUAAAUACAAUAAACACGCUAUGUAUAACAGCAUUUAUUAAAGGAUUAAUAAAAAAAGAAGGACCUUUUAAAAGAAAUAAAACACCCGAUAUGUAUUAUAAUUCAAGUUUCCCAUCUGGUCAUUCAUCAAUCUUAAUAAGUUCAACUCUUUAUUUUAUUUAUUUCAAUAACAAACGUAAUUUUAAAUAUGAUAAAAUUUUAUAUUUUUUAAUGAUAUUAUUAGCUAUAUUAGGAUGUUCAACGAGAAUAUUAGAUGGAAAACAUGAUAUUAUUGAUGUGAUAGCAGGAAUAAGUUUAGGUAUUUAUGUUUUUAUUAUUAAUAUUUUUCUAUUAAAAUAUGAGUUGAAAAAAAUGAAAUAA